AUGAAGAGGAUCGAGUCUCCUGUCCUCAACAAGGUGUUGAGUGACAACGUAAACAGUGCACAGAUGCCAACCCUUUCAGAUGAUACGCCCAGUGAAAAGAUGGAUGAUCAGGUUCCUUCCGUCUCUUACAAACGGCCGAAUCCAGUCCUUGGCCCUGCAUUGAAACUUGGAGUCGGUGUGGGAACUCUGGGUCUCCUUACCGGAGCUGCAGCCGGCAUUAUUCGUUCAGCGCCCCCAGGAUUAUAUGCAGCUACAACUGGUAUUCAGUGGUUCGUCCUGAGUUCCAGUUUCUGGGGUGCUCGUCAGUUUGCUCUCAAUUCUCUGGCAAACGGCACCGAUUCUUCCCCUUCGAGCAACAAUCUCAUAGCAACUAGCUCUGCUGGUGCAUUUUCGGGAGCCACGGCGGGCUUACUUCGCGGACCGAGAAACAUCCUACCGGGUGCAGUCGUCUUUUCACUGCUCGGCCUGGGUGGCGCGGCUCUUCAGAACAGAAUCAAGUCGAAAGAGCAGUCUGAGAGUUGGUUCCGCAAAGUUAUUGACGGGAAAUGGAGCCCUAUCACCCGCAUUACUAAUGAGGAUUGGGAAAGGAUACUUGAGGAGAAGCUGCUGCGAGUCGAGACAGAAAUUGCCGUCUUGGAUGACUCGAUCGAAGAACUACGCAAGAACGAAAGGCAGCCCUAG